AUGGUGCUAUGGGAAGAUCUAUGUUCAUUGGCAACAAAUGAAAAGUGGCUAAUCAUGAGUGACUUUAAAGCCAUAUUAGCUAAAGAAGAGAGAGUUGGCCAUUGGGUGAAUUAUCAUAUGGAUUCUGAUUUCAUAAGAUGUAUGCAACAAUGUCAACUUGAAGAUGUAAAGGCAACUGACUGUUUUUAUACUUGCUCCGAUAAACAACAAGGGAAGGAUAGGAUCUUUUCCAAAAGAAAUAGGAUAUUGGCAAAUCAACAUUUGUUUGACCACUAUCCUAAUGCUGAGGAACUUUUCAUAAAUGAAGGUAUCUUUGAUCAUACCCCUGGCAUUCUAUCCUUAUAUCCUAGGUGGACUAGUGGGAAAAAGCAUUUCAAAUACUUCAGGAUGUUGAAUACACAUCUUGAAUAUUCUGCAAAGGCCAAAGUAGAGCUAGAUGAAAUCCAAGACAAGAUUCAACUUGACCCCAAUAAUCCUGAUCUGCAUAGUGCAGAAGUGGCUGCAAGGGAAAAGCUGAUUGCUGCUCACAAAAACUACAACUUUUUCCUUGAACAAAGGCUAAAGCUUUAUGGAUUCAAAAUGGUGAUUGUAAUUCUGCCCUCUUCCAUGCCAGCAACAAGCAGAGAACAAGACAAAAUCAAAUCUUUUCAAUUGAAAGAUGGAAUAAGAGUGAUUGAACCUGCACAGGAAGCAAAUGCUUUCAUUUCAUAUUAUAAAUCUCAGUUUGGAUCCAAGAUGGCAGAUAGGAGGAGGGCUACAUUAUUGACAAAGGAAUUUAGCAAGGAAGAUGUGAAGAAGGCUUUACUUGAGAUCCCUGGGAACAAAACCCCAGGUCCAGAUGGGUAUUCUAGUUUCUUUUUUCAAGCCAACAGGGAUCUAGUAGGGGAAGAUUUAUUCAGAGCGGUGACUUUUUUCUGGAAUCAGGGAAGAUACUCAAGGAAAUCAACACAGAUGUGCUGA